AUGGCACAUAGCAGUCCAAGCAAUACUCAAUUAGAUCCUGGGACGGACGAUUGGAGGGGACCUGAUGAUCCCGAAUGUCCUUACAACUGGCCGAUGUGGAAGCGCAUCUACAUGACCAGUAUUCCAGCAUUCCUCUGUGUCAACGUGUCCUUUGCGUCGUCCAUUUAUACAUCUGGAGCCGACAGCAUCGCACAACACUUUGAUGUCUCCUACACAGUAGCUCUGCUUGGGCUUUCCCUCUUUCUUUGGGGUCUUGGCCUUGGUGCCAUCAUCGCCGCACCUGUCAGCGAGUAUUACGGUCGCAGAAUCGUGUAUCUAUCAACAGUUCCGAUCUUCGGGUUGUUUAUCCUAGGCUCAGGGUUAGCACAAAACUUCGCCACUUUGAUCGUCUGUCGCACCCUCGGUGGUUUCUUUGGGAGCGCGGUGGUUUCUGUUGGUGGAGGCACAAAUGCAGACCUCUGGCCUCCUGCUCUAGCGGGAUUCGUUUAUCCAUUUUAUUUCGUAUCGCCUUUCCUUGGCCCAGCUCUCGGUCCUGUUAUUGGCGGCUUCGUCAACGAGCAAAAGGACUUCCGCUGGCUUGAAUGGGUGAUUCUCUUUAUGCUCGCCUUCAACUACCUCUACUCCAUCCCCCAAUUUGAAACCUAUAAGAAAACGAUCCUUCAAACACGCAACCACUCUGAGAAACAAACCAGAACACCACAAAAAUUCAAAAUCGCCCUGCCUUCCAGCGAUGUAGUCCAGCGUAUCGUCCUGAAGCCUUUCAAGAUGCUUUUCGUCGAGUCGAUCGUGCUUUUUAUGACCAUCUAUAUGGCGUUCAACUUCGCUGUCUUUUAUAGUUUUUUUGCCGCCUUCCCAUAUAUAUUCGGCGGACAGUACGACUUUACUACCGGCCAGCAAGGUCUCACCUUCCUAUCUAUAGCGCUGGGCUGCGUUAUCGGCUUUCUUGCUGUGGUCUACAUAGAUCGAAGAACAUACCCAGCACUUGAGGCGCAGUAUGGCGUCGGCGCAGUCCCACCCGAAUAUCGUCUCUAUGGUGCAAUGGUAGGUUGUGCUCUCAACCCAGUCAGCCUCUUCUGGUUCGGCUGGACAGCCGAUAGAGGCGUGUACUGGCUGAGUCCCGUUAUUGCUGCUGUGCCGUUCGCAGUGGGGAAUAUCAUGGUGUAUAGCAGCGGAGCGCUGUACAUCAUGAAUUCGUAUGGAUCGUUACAUGGGGCUAGUGCUCUUAGUGCCAAUAGCCUUCUUCGAUAUGCGGCCGGAGGAGCGUUCCCGCUGUUCACGGUGCAGAUGUUCUCGUCUUUGGGGAUUGGGUGGGCUAGUAGUCUGCUAGGUUUUGUGUCAGUGGCGUUGGUGCCUGUGCCAUGGGUGCUAUAUAAGUAUGGGCACAGGAUCAGGGCGCACAGUCAAUACAUUACCAUCCAAAAAAUCGAGGUGGUGGAGAGUUCGUUAGUGGAGGAUAAGAGUGGAAGUGUGUAG